UCGUAGUCAAAAGCAGCGUCUGUAACCACACAGCUCUAUGCGAUUUAUUAUCGAGUCUCCGAAAGGAUUCGACGUGUCGCGACGCGUACCUUUUUUUUUUUCACCCCCUUUCGCAGCAUCCAAUGAGCAAUGAUGACACGAUUCCCACUGUAGUAUUGCGCAUGUUGACGGAUCGUAAAGGCAUUCGUCUUUCGUCCGAGUACUUCAAGACAUGGUAUGCUAACUGGCGAUCCAAUCAACCUCGGCAACAGCCCAUGGAUCGUCAAGUCAUCUUUGACGCAGCGCUUCGCGAUUUUUUAGCCACGGACUUGGCUCAGUCUUCGGUACCAGUGAUACCCGAGGAUCACGGAGAACAGGCUCUAUCAACAUUCCCGCCCGGCGAAUUACGCCACGGAGGAGGAGUCGUACUGCAGAUUCAAGACACACUCGACAUUAGCACUUCCACUCACACGUUAUUAAACAGUAUGACCACCGUCGCCUCUGUCCGUCAAACCUAUGUCUUGCGUGGCAAAGACGAUGAAAUCAAUUUCCCGCGUGGCAUGCUGCGGUGGACCUUGACCGAUGGUCACCGCCAAAUCCAAGCCCUCGAAUUGCAAAGAAUACCGCAGCUUGAGCUCAAAACUCCUUUUGGUUGCAAACUGCUUAUCCAAAGCGCACAAUUAAGGCGAGGCAUGCUUUUAUUGGAUCCAUCCACGGUGAAAGUACUGGGUGGUGAAGUACCCAGUCUUUAUGGUGCCAAUAUGCUGUUGGAACUGGAAAAGCGAUUCAAAACCAGACUUGGCAUUACAAUGUCUACAGCACCAUCUGAAAAUGCAACUACAAAUCCACCACCACCACCGCCGUCGUCUGUACCAGAAACGCCGCCUGCUCCUUUCACCCGCAAUCCUAUUCCUCAACGCAACAACAACCCAUCUCUCAUACGUACUACAGUAACUAGUCCUCAUACUUCUAAUUUGCAUACCACGCCUCCAACUACCAGCACUUCUUUCACACCUAUCGCACGACCCAUCAGUUCAACCAAUCAUUUGUCUGUAUCUUCUUCAUCAUCACGCUCUUUGUUGACCCCACCAACGCCGCCGCAAUACACCACCUCGCAGUCAAGGUCGUUGCCAUCCGAAACAGUCAACUCAAAUCGGUUUACUGUCACGGACAUACCGUUAGAUACAGAGAUGUUUGACGAUAUCAACGAUUCGAUGGAUGUUGAUGAUACUUUUGGCAGCACCGCUGUUUCAUCACAUGCGGUGUCUGUUUCUCCUGAGCCUGCCGCGCGUGAUCUAAGACAUCUCGUGAAACAGUACACCUACCAUGACGAUGAUAUUGAAGUGGAAGAUCUAACGGAACCACAGCGUGCACCUUCUCCCAAGCACACUACUCAAACCAUGCCUCUUUCGACGCAGCAAUACAACCAUGACUUUGACUGGCUGGAUUUCAGCGGGCUCGAGGAAAGCGAAGGAACCAAGAUCAAACAAGAAAAGCCUACCAUAGAAGAUGGUAAACUCCAUACGACCAUUGGUAAAGUCAAGGAGAUGCUGAUCGCCAUGGAUAAAGGAGAACACAUUGAUGAAAACAUUGAAGAAGUGGUUGUCAAGGCUACUGUUCGAAAAUUGGCUACAUUAAAAUUGACUCGGUCGCAAGGUUUCUAUCUCAUUGCUUAUCUCAUCGAUCCAAACGAUCAGUCAAACGAUACGCUACCCGUUGUUUUUGGAACCAAGGUCGUCACCCAAUUAUUAGAUGGAUUGACCCAUCUGGACGUCAUUGAAAUGAAAGAAAAGCAAGGGCAAAAGGAAGUAGCCAUGCGAGUAUUUAAACCGCUACAAACCAAGCUCAUCAGCACACCGGCCAAAGUCGAACUGGACAUGUCUCUGGUAGAAAAGUCAAGUAAAGCUGAAUUGAUGCCGGCUGUCACAUCCUAUAUUCCCGAAUAGCUCUCCUUUUUUUUUCAAAUAGUGUACAUUAUCACACAAGUCUGUAUAUUUUUUUUUCCACUCAUUUGUCUACAGUAUUGUUGCUUCACUACAAUUCAUCUUUUACGUGAGUCACAG